GAAAUUAAGUUACUUCCGGUUCCUGUGAUAUCGAAUUUUUUAAAAUUUUCAAAUAUUUUAUGAUUUAUUUCAUUAAAACGGUAUAUGCACACGUGAAUCUAAAUUUAUAUCAAAGUCAACGUGUUACUUUAUGGAAUGGAGAAGCCACAAAUAAUUUCGCACGUGCAGAAAUCACUCAACUACACUCUAUUUGAUACGCGUUGGAUUCCUUGCAGUGCAAAAUUUGUUGUCCUUGGCAACCAUGCCAGGGGUACAGGUGCUCUGCAGAUAUACGAAGUUUCACACGGAGAUGUUACACUUCUGAAAGAUAUUGAAAAAUCCAAGGCAUUCAAAUGUGGAACAUUUGGAGCCUCCAGCUUACAACAGCGUAAUUUAGCUACAGGCAACUUUGAAGGCCAAAUGCAAAUAUGGGAUUUGGAAUCUACAGAGCUCCCUGUGUAUUCAGUUCAAGGCCAUACAGAGAUCAUCAACUGUAUAGAUGGAGUUGGUGGUAUGGGUGUUGGUGAGGGUGCUCCAGAAAUAGUCACUGGAAGUAGAGAUGGUGCUGUAAAAGUGUGGGACCCCAGACAAAAGAAAGACCCAGUAGCAACUAUGGAGCCAAGUGCCAAUGAAACCAGGCGGGACUGUUGGGCAGUUUCAUUUGGUCAUGCCUACAAUGCCUAUGACAGAUGCGUCGCUGCAGGUUAUGAUAAUGGUGAUGUAAAAUUAUUUGAUCUCAGGAAUAUGUCCCUUCGUUGGGAAACAAAUCUCAAAAAUGGAGUAUGUGGGUUAGAAUUUGACAGGAAGGACAUCAACAUGAACAAACUUGUGGCUACCACACUUGAGUCAAAGUUCCAUGUGUUUGAUAUGCGUACCCAACAUCCGACAAAAGGAUUUGCUUCACUUUCAGAAAAGGCACACUCAUCCACAGUCUGGACCCCAAGACAUCUUCCACAGAAUAGAGACGUGUUUAUGACAACUGGUGGCAAUGGAUCGCUGAAUCUCUGGAAAUAUAACUAUCCUGCCAAGCGAGUGGAAAAGGACAAUGAUGGAAAAGAAUAUGGUAUAGCAGGGACAGUGUCCAUGCUCCAGAAUAUCACAAUGUCCACCCAGCCUAUUUGUGGUUUUGAUUGGAACGUUGACAAAAUGGGACUAUGCGUCUGCACCUCAUUUGAUCAGACACUUAGAGUAAUAAUUGUUACCAAGUUAAAUCAAUUAUGA